GGUUAAUUAGGCAAAUUCGUUAAAAAAAUAUGAUGUGGGCCGAAUCUGUCAAAUGGGCUAAUCAGCACAUCGAGCACGACAUAACUACAUUACACACUGGGCGAGGGAUAGAUGGGGGACGCUCAGCAGAGGCCCAUGCGGGGGCAGGACGGCUAACCGUCCUUGGGUAGGCGGUUGCGGCUAGGCCACGCUGGGCCGACGCGGAGGUGCGCUUGGUCGGAGUGAUUGCAAGCGGUUCGGGCCCGGCUCAAGCCGAGGCCGAGGGAGCGCGACCGGGCUGGCGUCGUUCUCCCACGACCUGGAACGGGGCAGAUGUCAAUGGCGAUGGCGACGGCCCGCACUCCGGUGAGGGGCUUGGGUACGACGGGGGUCGGGGAUGGGGUCCCCGGCUUGGAUCUGGUCGGAUCCAGCCGGCGGCGGGUCAAACUGCGCGGGCGAGGGUCGACGAGCUCCGUGCUUGCCAUGGCGGAGCUCCUGUGGCACGGACGUCUAUGGCGGCCUGGAGGCGGGGCACUGGCCUGGGCGAGGCGCUGCUCCGGCGACGGCGAUCCCCGGUGCGGCUGCCGGGGCACAGGGCGAGCAGCGAGCUCCCUCGCUAGGGCACGGGACGAGCAGCGGGAACGGGCACGCUCGCGCUGGCGGCGGGCUGGUCGUGGUUCGGCAGCACGGUUCCGGGAUGUCGGCGUGCUAGCUGGAGCCAUCGGUCGGGUCGGCGACGUACGGGGUGAGCUGCUUCGGUUGGGAUGGCGUGCGGUGGAGGUAGCGAUGGAGACACAAAGUUGUGAUUCAGUUUGUAGUUCAAUUCAGUUAAGUAUUUAAACGGAGGACCGUUGGCGGGAACGCACCACAACCGCCGAUCUCAGAUCCAUCGCUCGCCAGACGCUCAUACCGCUUCGAGGAAGAAAGGAGUCCUGGCUACCGUUUAUCUUCAAUUGGACGACGAUCCACCACGCGAGGGUCACUGUCCCCUUUCCGACAAACCAACCUUCUCCGCAACGCUUCUGUUUUCGUUUUUAGCUUUCUUUUCUCUCAUUUUGUAAGGCUAUAAAGCCAUGGUCCUAACUUGUGGAGAGCAUCACUUUUUCUAUGGUUUCCCCCUUCUUGUGCCGCCAGUGUUCCUGGAUGGCUCUUAUGUACCAGCUUGUAAGGAUUCUACCUUAAUUUCGCUAAGGAAAUGAGCUAG